UUGUGGCCAUACUUCUCCUGGAAACUUGUUGCGAUACUGCACUCAUCGAAACAGCUAACAGUUAGCUAGCUAGUUAGCAGCCGGUCAGUAUCCAACAGCAGCCGUAGCGCAGAGAAACUCGUUUUUCGUCCACAGACAAAUGACAGGGACACUAUACUUACAGAUAUGCGCCUGGACAUUGACUGACAUUUGGCUAGUUGUUCCUGUCUUUUUUGCCAACGCUCUGUAAAGCUAUUUCUGAUCUGAAAAGCGCUGCAACUUAACUCUCGGCUAUGGAUCAUGAUCGCCAGAAACGAAGAGAGGAAAUUCAGAAAGCCAUGAGCUUUAUCCAGUCAUCAUUGCCUUUCCCAGAGCCAGAGAGUUAUGAGGCAUUUCUGACCCAGUUGGUGUGUAACUUGCUGGAUGAGGGCAAUUCUUGCUUUAGAGAUGGGGACUGUCGUCAGGCGACCCAGCAGUAUGGGGAGGGAAUCAGUGUUGCCCGCUACGCUCAGGCUGAGGCCCUCAUCAUCCCCCAUGAGCUGCUCGAGAGCCUAUAUGUCAACCGGGCCGCUGCCUGCUACCAGACGAGGGAGUACGAGCGCGGUGUUCAGGACUGUGACAGUGCACUGUGUGUGUCGGAAGGCAGUCGCAGAGCUUUGUACCGCAAAGCGAUCUGCCUGAGAGAGUUGGGACGACUCCGGGAGGCCUACGAGUGUGGAACCAAAUGUCUCCUCACUGCACCACACGACAGGCAGGUGAGUGACCUGGCUCAGGAUCUGGCCAAUAAACUAGGCCUGAAGGGCCGUAAGGCUUAUGUCAGCCCACAGACAGAGUCCACAGCCACAGAAGGGGAGAGUCAUGGGGAGACUUCCCCACCCACAGGAGAGAUGUCCUCCAAUGGGCUGGAAUCCCUGGGGGACAUGGGACAAGCCGACGUGUCCAAUGCGCAGUGCAUCCCUGCUCCUUUGGCCACACCCAUCCCGGUCAGUGAUGACCCGGCGACCCCUGUGACUCCAUGCACCGACUUGUCAGAGAGCCCCAGCAGCCAGGGCCUGCCUCCCAUGCCAUACUCCGUCCCUGUGUCGGAGCACAUGGAUGAAUGCAACAGCGUCCUCAAGGAUGAGUUAGACAGUCUGCUGGAGUGCAUUCCCAAGAAAGUGAGUGAGAGUCCAGUCCAGGGUGCUAUCCCCACCAACCUCCCCAACACGGCGGUGGGUCUUCGGCCUCCGUACUCCGCGAACCUUCCAGCCCCGUCAUCCCAGCUUCACCCAGCCUUUUUCAGCUCCUCCAUCAGUGACAUGCCCGCUUUGGAGCCCUACUCACCGCUGGCCCAGCGGGACCAGGGCUCCACCCAGGCGCAGGACGCACUGGGAGGCUUCCCCACAGGGGUCACGGAUGGAGAAGGAAAGGCAGGAGUCGCCACUGGCGGGCUGGACUCAUUAUCUGAGUACACUCUCCCUGGGGGACGAGUGUGCCACAGCUUCAUCCCUGGAAUGCGCAACCACAGUGCUGCACAUGCAAAUGGUCCAGCAGGAACCAACCUGUCUCUGCUCUCCAGGAAUCCUCUGGCAGCCACACAUGAGUUUCGGCAGGCCUGUCAUGCCUGUUACAGCCGAAUAGGUCCACGAGUGAUGGACUACAAGUAUCAGCCGGAGGCAGCACACCGCUGCAAAAGGGAUGUGCUGCUGUGCCGCCUCAAAAACACAGAUGACCCCACUUGGAAGAGGAUCCGGCCACGGCCUGCACGGAACAACUUCCUGGGGGCAUUUGUACUCUGUAAAGAGGUGCAGGAGCGUCAGGAGUGCCAGUAUGGGGAGAACUGUACGUUUGCCUACUGCCAGGAGGAGAUUGACGUGUGGACCCAGGAGAGGAAGGGCGCACUGAGCCGAGAGCUGCUGUUCGAUCCGCUGGGCAGCACAGAGAGACGGGCGCUCAGCGUCACCAGACUGCUGCAGCUCCACAUGGGCAUGUUCAUGUUCCUCUGUGAGGAAUGUUUUGACAGCAAGCCUCGCAUCAUUAGCAAGCGCAGCAAAGAAAACUUAGCAGUCUGCUCGAACCUCACAGCUCGACACCCGUUCGACGACAACAAGUGCCUGGUGCACGUGGUGAGGUCAGCCAAUGUGCGCUACAGUAAGGUGCGUCCCCUGCACCCUCUCUGCCAGUUUGACGUGUGUCGCCACGAGGUUCGCUACGGCUGCCAGCGGGAGGACAGCUGCUCCUUUGCUCACUCCGUCAUAGAGCUCAAAUGCUGGGUCCUGCAGCAGGAUACUGGUAUCACCCACGAAGAGAUGGUGCAGGAGUCCAAGAGGCACUGGCAAAGGCUGGAGCAGAACGCACAGAAGCAGCAGAAGCCUAUCCAUGUCCCCCAUCCGAGCAGCAGCAUACACGCAGGAGUAGUAGGGGGAAUGGGAGGUGGGGGCGGAGGAGUAGGGGGAGAUGGCAUCAGUGGUGGCGGUGUGGGCCCAGUGGGUGGAUUGGGGGUGGGAGGGUUAGGAGCGGGGGUGGGAAGAGGGCGUCCCCUCAACCUGAAAAUGAAGUUUGUGUGCGGCCAGUGCUGGAGAGAAGGACAGGUCAAUGAGCCCGACAAGAACCUCAAGUACUGCACUGCCAAAGCACGGCACAGCUGGACGAAGGAGCGUCGAGUCCUGCUGGUGAAAUCAUUUGAGAAGAAGAAGUGGGUAGUUGUUCGGCCUCUGCCCUUCUCCCGCACGUAUCCACAGCAAUAUGACAUGUGUGUGCAUGUGAUGAAGCAGAAGAAGUGUCACUAUAUUGGGAACUGCUCAUUUGCUCACAGUCUGGAGGAGAGGGAUGUCUGGACGUACAUGAAGAACAACAGCUUGAGAGACAUGCAACAGAUGUACGAACUGUGGCUGCAGCUGACCAAUCAGAGUAGACGUACGGAUAGCUCUACUGUGACCCCGCCCCCAGAGGACAAGCAGGUCACCAUAACAGCAGAUUACACAGAAAGCAUGGGAGGCCGACGGUUGUCAGAUGGGGAUAAUCUCUGAGUGUUGCUGUGGUGACGAGGCAGCUGAUCGCCGCUGAGCUGCAGACAGAGACAGAGAGACAUGCCUGCCACACCAGCUACAACUAAACAGUCUGUCAUCUCGCCACUCUGACCUCCUCUAACAUCUUUCCAGCCGUGUCAGAGCAGUAGGACACCCAGUGUGUGUGUGUGUGUGUGUGUGUGUGUGUAUAUAUAUAUAUAUAUAUAUACACACACACAUACACACACACACAUACAUACAUACAUACAUACAUACAUACAUACAUACAUACACAUACACACACACACAUGAUACACAAAUCACAGGCACCGCUUAACACGAAGACAGAGCUUUGUAAGUGAAAAUACAGUUUAGUGUUACCUGCAGUUACACUCAGCACCUUCAGGUUCCCCUUUAGCAGAUUAUACCGCAGAAUUUCCACAGACAACUAGUUUUGCUCUGACUAAAAUGAUCAACUAGUAUUCCCUAGUGCUCUUUGGACUGUAUAUCUGUGUUCACCAGGCACCACUUUUGUUUGUUUUCUUUGUUAAAAACCGCAAGCACUGAAACAAUUCUUGGGUGGGCGCGCUGGUCGCAGCUCUUAAAUUUAGCUUGGUAAUAAUUUAAAACUGAAUUAAAGCCCAGUACUCAUACGCUUAAAGUUGACAUUUUAACUUUGGAGUGUCAAGUCCACAGUGCUGUUGAUGGCAAUGGAGAAAGAAAGAAAGAAACAAAGUAUUGUUUAAAAAAACAAAAAAAGAGGUUCUUGGUGGACACUCUUCGUUAAGCUGCGUAACAACCACAUUCUACUCUCCUUCCUUAUUGGGAAUAUUGCGAGAGGGUCAAAAUAACUUUCUGGGGAUUAAUAAUUUGUAGCGCAAUUUUUUUUUUUUUCAAAGGAUAGUUGUACUUACCUGUUAUAUUGUCUGCCAUAUUGGUAGAACGCUAUGAAUGUAAUGCCUGCAUGGGCCUUUGAAACUAUAAAAUUAGUCAUUUAAAACGUUGCUGUGGUUGUGGAAUGUAUGCAAGUAUACUCACAUGCCCCAAAUCAAACUUGUGUAACAUGACAGUUUCUCCUCCCCCUUCUAUAAAUAUAAGAAGGUCUCGUGAUAGCUGGCUAUGUGAUCAGACUAACCGUCCCUGCAUGGGACGAGCACAGACACGUACACUCACUCACAUUAUUACCUUGUAGUAGCUGUCAGCUGGUGUCCACGUGAAUCAAAGCAGGCCUGAAUGUCAGCUCCUCUCAGGUUGAGUUGGGGGGCUGACAAUGUGAAAACAAAAAGGUCUUAACUAAUCACUUGUUGCUAAAGUACACAUGGCCAAUGGCUCAAAGCAAUUGCUGCCAAAGCCACCAAGGGGCUGUUCUCCAUCAUGUACUGUAAGCUAGUGGUAAGCAGCUGACAGAGAUGUGACGCUGGUGUUGGAGUGCUACAGAGAAGUGACUGCAGCACACAUACAGUCCUGGCUAGAGCUGCUCUCAGCAUCAGAUGCCCAUUAAGAAAUAAUGACCUCACUUGGACUGAAGCAAAGUGAAAAUACAGCCCGUUUAGAAGACUUCAGUUGUAAAAAAAAAAAAAAAAAAAAAAAAAAAAAAGUUUUGUAAUAGUUAAAGAAAAAAGGAUAAUUUAAAGAGUGAAGUGCUGGGAGAAAAUGACUAAUGAAAAGAAUGGAGGAUUAUUAAGAAUGUAUUGUUCUAGAGUUGAUUGUGAGAACAUUAAAGAUAAUUUGAAAGUAAGGGCAAGUUGCCACUUCUUCAGUUGAACUGGGGUCAUUAUUUCACUGAAAACCAAUCAUGGCCUUCAAAUGGAAAGCCGUGUUCCUCAUACUUCCAAAUGUUAUGUUCCUGAUAGCUAUCAGUAGCUCCUAAUAUAAACAUUUCCAUUAAGGGAAACCUGCGAGCCUGAGACAGGGAAACCAUUCUCACCACAUAUUGUGCCUAUGGACAACACAUUAACAUACAACACGAACACGCAUGCAAAAACGUGUGUGCGCGCACACACACACACACACACACACGCACACAGAGGCAGGAUGCCAUCUUAUUCUAGCCUUUAAUGUGGACGGAGACACAAUGGAGGUAUGUCUAUAUUCAGAUACAUAAACACACAUAUUAUACAUAUUUACAAAUAAUGGUAUACUACUAAUAAUAAUUGAUAACUUAGCAGUUAAGCUUAAUAAAUAUAUAACCUGAAAACCUGUAUUGAUUACAUAGAAGAACUUCUUGUUAUUGAGGUAUUGCUAUAUGACAUGUAUCGCUGAACUAGAUGACUAUAGUGAUUUUUUUUUUUUUUAAUGAUUUUUUUUUUGUAAUUUUUCCUAUUGUGUGGGUUGUUCCAGAAAGGGUAUGUAUGAAGAGGUUGGUGCAGAGAUUGAUUUGAAUUUGAGGGUUAAAUCUUUUACACUGAGAGAAGAAUGGAAGAAAUCGAGUCGCCCAACUUGAGUUAUUUAUUUUUUUUCUUCUUUGUUGACAAGUUCAGCAGCUACACUGGACGUACAGAAUCAGCAGUGUUACUGUUCUGCAGUGUUAAGGCCAAACUUCCGAGAAGCUGCACCCUAUAUUUUGAGUAAUUUUCCUAUCCAGAGUGACCUUGGCGAUGUGCAUAAAAUCAACUAAUGGCUUCAAUUCCCAAAAUACUGACAUACACUCAACCAGAACAUUAUGGAAAAUUGGAGCAGAACGUUAAAAAUAAAUAAAUGUAAAGGCGAGAUAUAUUACCUGUAGAAAAGAUUAUCAAACCACAAUAUAGUGUAUGAUUGUUUUGUGAUAUUCCAUUUUGUCAGUGGAUGAAUAGAAUAAAGAGAAAUGGUUGCGACACCAAUUAUCCAGGUCUUAAAAACAGACUUAAUGCCCAAUCAGGAUUUAGACGGGACAGCCCAGCCUGGGCUAAGCCCAAAAUACAGAUCUCGGGUCAGUUUUGCUGGUCACUCAGCAGCGGUUUUGGGGAUUGUUGAUAAUGAGCCCUCGUCUGGAACAGCCCAGGUAUUAGCUUCUUUGAGGGAUCGUAUUACUACUACUCCUAGUAUUAUGAUGAAUAUAAUGACUAUAAUGAUUGCUAUCUAUUGACUAUUCUAUUCUAUUUCUUCUCUAUAUGCUAUUGAUAUAUGUAUGUUAAUUGCAAUGUAUAAAUCUCUUUAUAUAUGUAUCCAUGUAUGAAUAUAAUAAUUAACAGUAAAUAUGCGUCUGUGUAUGCAGCAGUGCACAGCUCUGUCUGGGAGGCAGUGAGCAGAAAAACGCCCAGCCUCUGAUAUUUAAUGUGAGGCGCUUGAGCUUUAAAUCCGACAGGUGUUGACGUCAGUUAUCAGCUACCGAUAGGUCGUCAGUAGUAGAAGACAUUUCACACACAGUACGGUACACCUGCUUUAUGUUGUCUGAGCUCUUUGUAAGCUCAAGUUUGUAAGUUUGUAAGCCGUAGGAUUAUUUGGGCACUGGUCAAAGAAAAGAAAAAAAAGAAUAGCUGAUGAUUAAAGUUUAAUGUUUCCCCUUUGCAGUGUCUCAGUGUUGAUCCUACCAACAGAGCUUGCUGCUCACUGCCUGUAGUGUGCGUUUUUGUUUAAAUUGAUUCACCAGACAAAGACGGAUCUGGAAACAGAAGCAUACAUAGUAGCCUAUAUACUCCUGUAUAACGCCUUAUUCGAUAUACUACACCUAUAAGAUGAUACAUACCCCUAUUGUAUAAUCCUGCUUACUAUAUACAGUAUAUGAUACCUGAUACCUAUUAUAAUACUUGGACACCCUAAUAAGGUAAUUUAGAUAAGAGAUGGUGGAGCUGUUUUUUUUCUGUGGCUGUGGAAGAGUUUGCUGUGGUCAGUAAUGUGUUUCCAUCUUGUUUUUCAGGGAGUUAAAAAGGUGAAAAAAAUGUAGGAGAGUGCCGCCACUCAAAUGCUCUUAAUUGUUGUCAGAUGUAUGAGAAGCAGCCGGGAUGGAAAAUUGACAGCCACGAGCCGAAGCUUGGUAAAUCUUAAUUUUGUCUGGAAAAAAAUAUGUUGCAGGUAAAUAACCAAAAGGUGGAAUUUAAUUUUAUAAUUCCGUCUGGCUACAUUAAAUAGUGAAUAUGACUGGCAUUUUUUAAAUAUAUUUUAGCCAGUGUGACGUGUGGACAAACAAUUGUCCAUUCAUGUUUGAAUUCCUGCCUUUAAAGAUAUGUUGGAGUAAAUGGGGGGGGGGAAGCAGAGCAUUUGAGAGGAGGGGGCUCCUCUUCCAUUGUUGGAGAAAGGCACUGAUGCUGUAACUGAAUUGCACAG